AUGGUUCUGUACGCAUAUCUCAACGUCUUCCGCAUUGCCUUCCUUUCCUUCGUCUCCUACAUCCUGCGCAAGCGUGUCGCGGACCAGUUUCUUACCAUCGGGCACUUCUCGCUGCUCACACUCAGCGUGCACGACGUCCGCUACGAGAGCAGCCUUUUCAGUGGCACGUACUCCUUCUUGUUCACAUGCUCGCACAUCGCCUUGCGCUUCCACCUCCCCACGCGCAGGCACCCACGCUGGUUCACCUUCUCCGCGAAGUCCAUGUUCUACACCUGCACUACCGCCGAUAUCUCCGUGUCUAGCCUCGACACCACCUUCUGGGCCUUCCCGCUGCUCCUCCGCCAGACCGCGGGCCCGUGGGCGAAUGUUGUGCUUGACGGGCUGAGGAUCAGGGUGUACCGAAGCAACGCGACGCCAGAGUGGAUCCGGCGCCUCCGUGAAAACCUUAUCGGUACGAUAUGUACGGGCGAGAUUCUGCGCUUGGACGACUUUUGGACGAAUGUCGAGUUGUCGGGUCUAUCGGACACGGUACUAGUUAGUAAGUUCUCUGGCGGUUCUGCGGACCACUAUGAUGGGGGAGAGGAGCGUGUAGCAAAUGCAGCAGGUGAGGAGGAAAUUACCGACUCAGAUGCAGACUGGGAGGAAGAAGCAAAGGAGGAGGUCGACCCGAGGAAAGGGGAGAAGCCACUGCUCCCCGUGUUCCUGCACGGUAAAGACGAGAUGCGUAUGUCCGCCUUCGCGCGCCAGCUGCACCUCCACAACACCGAGGCCCGCAUCUACACGUUCGGCCGUGUUGACGCGCAGUUGCGACGCGACUGGAACGAGGACAAGGGCUCGUUCGUUAUGGUCGCAGAGGAGGCGCGCUGGGUGCGCGUGCACUGGACUUACCAGCGGGAGGUCACCGGGUUCUGGACGCAGCUGUUCACGUCACUCAUGCAGUUUCCGCUCGAUCUGUCGAAUGUCUUGCGGUUCCCGAUGGGCACUAUCAACCUCUAUGUCACGCGCGCCGACAUCACCUUCGACGAAUUUCGCAUUCGCGAUGCCGAGCUGAUCAAGCAGGCGUUCUCCAUUAUCCGCGAGAAGACGCGGCUCUCCGACAUCCCGUGGGGCGACGUGUUCUUCGACGCCCUCGUCGCCGCCUUCGCUCACUGA